AUGAUAGCUCUCUCCUAUGUCAUCGCUGGAAUCACCCUAGAUAAUGAUUUUAAACUUGACGACAAUACGCCCACUUUGAAACACGUUUGGUGUGGUAUCAGUGGCUUACUGCUUACGCUGUCCUCCAUCUCAAAUUACGGUGUGGCGUUGGCUCUCUCCAUUGAAUUUUUUACCUCGCUAAGGUUAACCAAUCCCGCAGCCCGACAAAAUAUAUGGAUCAAAAGGAUUAAUGUUAUCCUGACAUUCUUCAUUCCGAUACUCAGCGUUAUACUAAGUAUCAUGGUGUUGAUGGCAAGUCAUGAUCGAAUAUUUGAGACCAUCGACACCGGUGGGAUUUGUAAUGUCGCGUCACAUGGAUCAAGUAGGGUGGCCCUGUUCGUUUUGAGAAUUCUUCCGGAAUAUCUGCCAAUCUAUCCGUCUUGUGUUUUAUCAGUGUUAACAUUGUUUCCCGUCGCCAAAAAAAUAUUUCGUUCUACCCGCAUACGCGAAAGCAUAACGAUUCCAAUGUCCAUAAUAAAGCAAAAAUCCUCCGACUCGUCAUCCACCAGAGUCUCCCGACCAACCCGAGCAGGUCCCCCGCCUAAUUCCACAGGUGCAUCGAAUGCUAAACCCGUGAUUCCUCGAAAUGCCCUCGUUCGCAUAGGUCUUUGGUGCUGCCUGCUCAUAGUCUUAUGUAGUCCCAUGGCAACCAUGAUGAUGUACUACCAUAUUCGCUACCUCAUCGACGGCAAUCAAUCUUAUGAAUUGAACCAUCUGCCGAAUUCUGACAGCUUCCUGUCAAGAAAUCUGAAUUCAUUACUCAUGUGCUUGAAUAUGACUUUGUUCCUGGCGUGUUUUGGUACUGGUGAAUUUGCCAACAAACAAUAUCAGGAACUGUGGUCGAAAAUCUUUAGAAUUUUAUUUUGCGGUAGAUGCGAAAGGAAAUCUGAUCAUCUUCCUAUUUCAUUUGACAUCGUCAUUCCACCAUCAUAUCGAUCAAACUCCAGUAAUCGUGUAAGUCCAUCCGUUUCAUACGGUUCCACUCCAAGUUCACCGCCGCCCGUCUACGGCAAAUUUCACAAGACCACUUCCUACUUUGUGCCCUCUGACGUUCGACGUGAUUCCGCCGCAUCUAACAUGAACACGACGGUGAUAUCGUUGGAUCCCCGGUACCGUCGCAUGCCACUUAAACACUCACAAUCUUCACAUUGCUAUCAACAUUCUUUGGACGAUUGGCCUCCAGUGGAAAAUUCCAUCGCCAACAUUGAAGUUGAUGGUUUGAACAAUGCGAAUUGGCCUCUAGUCGAAGGUCCGUUCGUGAACAGUGGGCAACCCGUUUAUGACAUGGAGAAUUCCUACGGUGACGGAGACAAGCGUGAUACGAAACAUCAUGACGACAACAGAUGUAAAGAAAAUGUGACGAAUAAUGGUGAAUAUGAUGAAAGCCGUCCGUUGAGGGACGAAAAGACCUUGGAUACUUCGGAUCUGACGAUUGCGAUACCCGAGAAAGCAAAGUUACCCCCAUGA